AUGAGAUUUAUUUUCAUUGCCAAAUGCGCUUUCAUAUAUUUAUUUUUUGUUUAUCGCAAGAAUCUAGUUGAUUCCACUAACUCACCUAGUGGUGAUGGUUCGUCUUCAACUUAUGAAGGUAACGACAACUAUACAUGUCGCGGAAGUGACUCAGGGUCCGAAUCAAGAGGUAGCACACAUACAACCGACCAUAGUUGUGAAAGUAGCGUUUUAGUCAAUCAAUAUAAUUAUCCUAAAGAUACUCCUGAUUCGCAGGAUAAUCCUAAUCGGUUGAAACCAGAGGAUUACCCUAAGGACAUUAAGCUGUUCAAAGCUGAUCCUAAAGAUAAAUCAAAGACUAAAGAACUUGCAACCAAUGAGUAUCAUGUUAAUUAUUACGAGUUGUGUGAUGAUAUUUACUAUUAUAAGUUUAACGACGAUGUUAACUGUGUCAAAGUUGAACAUGAAUGUAAGGAUGUGUGGAAGCACGAUGCUUCCCUAAAUGAUGCCAAGUAUCCCUCAACUCUUAAUUAUAACCAUAAAACCAAAGUAUUUGUGCUUUUCUUAGAGGAUAAUAUUUUAACAUUUAAAAAAAAUUGUAAUGGAGAGUGGCAGGGGACCACUAAGAGUAUUAAUCUACGGGGGCUUAUUACUUCAGGAGAAAGUCAGACUGUGCCCGAGCUUAAACUCUACUCUCAAGAUCCUAAUGACGCUAACAACGCCAUAGAGCUGAACGCCAACGACUACGAUUUAACUAAAGUAUUUUGUGAUCCCGUCUACACCCUUAGAGAAAACGUUAAAUGUACCCUUAUUAAAUGCGAAGAUAAGGAGUUUUGGACGUACGACGGCGCUUAUCCCAAAAAGGUUAUUCACAACGUAUCACUCAACAAAAUUUGCAUUAAUUUUGGUAAGAAUGACACAAAAUGUUUCUUAAAGGAUCCAACCAAUUCACCUAGUGGUGAUGGUUCGUCUUCAACUUAUGAAGGUAACGACAACUAUACAUGUCGCGGAAGUGACUCAGGGUCCGGAUCAAGAGGUAGCACACAUACAACCGACCUUAGUUGUGAAAGUUGCGUUUUAGUCAAUCAAUAUAAUUAUCCUAAAGAUACUCCUGAUUCGCAGGAUAAUCCUAAUCGGUUGAAACCAGAGGAUUACCCUAAGGACAUUAAGCUGUUCAAAGCUGAUCCUAAAGAUAAAUCAAGGUCUAAAGAACUUGACCCAAUGAGUAUCAUGUUAAUUAUUACGAGUUGUUUUAACGACGAUGUUAACUGUGUCAAUGUUGAACAUGAAGGUAAGGAGGUGUGGAAGCACGAUGCUUCCCUAAAUGAUGCCAAGUAUCCCUCAACUCUUAAUUAUAACCAUAAAACCAAAGUAUUUGUGCUUUUCUUAGAGGAUAAUAUUUUAACAUUUAAAAAAAAUUGUAAUGGAGAGUGGCAGGGGACCACUAAGAGUAUUAAUCUACGGGGGCUUAUUACUUCAGGAGAAAGUCAGACUGUGCCCGAGCUUAAACUCUACUCUCAAGAUCCUAAUGACGCUAACAACGCCAUAGAGCUGAACGCCAACGACUACGAUUUAACUAAAGUAUUUUGUGAUCCCGUCUACACCCUUAGAGAAAACGUUAAAUGUACCCUUAUUAAAUGCGAAGAUAAGGAGUUUUGGACGUACGACGGCGCUUAUCCCAAAAAGGUUAUUCACAACGUAUCACUCAACAAAAUUUGCAUUAAUUUUGGUAAGAAUGACACAAAAUGUUUCUUAAAGGAUCCAACCAAUUCACCUAGUGGUGAUGGUUCGUCUUCAACUUAUGAAGGUAACGACAACUAUACAUGUCGCGGAAGUGACUCAGGGUCCGGAUCAAGAGGUAGCACACAUACAACCGACCUUAGUUGUGAAAGUUGCGUUUUAGUCAAUCAAUAUAAUUAUCCUAAAGAUACUCCUGAUUCGCAGGAUAAUCCUAAUCGGUUGAAACCAGAGGAUUACCCUAAGGACAUUAAGCUGUUCAAAGCUGAUCCUAAAGAUAAAUCAAGGUCUAAAGAACUUGACCCAAUGAUUGUGUGA